CGAAGUCGAGCUUUCUCGAUGUGGAGACAGUCGCGGUCUGUGGACCAAAAAGACGUUUCUGUUGUUCGCUCGAGAAGAUCAAAAGGUGAAAAGCAUUGGUGCUACUUCUGGUUCUGUCCGUUUAUUCGCAUGAAGUUAAAGUUUUCAGCCUUGAUUACAGCCAGUUCAUCGCAUAGCUGUACCGGUCUAGACAUCAAGUAACACAAGAUCUUCGUUGGUCAUUAGAAACUCGUGCAGCUGCAACAUCGGGAGCCCACCAUGCCUGCAACCAGCAACCUCCCAUCUGCAUAAGUAAGUAACAUACUUCUGAAAAAUGACGUUGCUGACUUCGACAUGUCGUUCCGUCUCGUCCGCUGCUCGGCAGGUGGCACCACGCAGCGGGACAAAAAAAGAACAGACCACCGCAUACAACCUCGCGUCCUCCCCGCUAGUACGUCGACAACUGCGUGAUCGCUCCUCGGUUGGGUUUUGUGGGCGAUGCCGACAGAACGACCGGACGGGGGGUAGUACUAGGAGUGCCUAUCAGGAGCAGGAGGUGCACCCGCGGGAAAGAGAAGCCGAGCUGCAGCGGACAAGCUUAGGACCCGCGCACGACAAGAUCACAGAUGACGUGCCGGGGCGCAGACGAGGAGGACUGGGCCCCUUUUUCUCACCGAGCGCCAGCAGCAGGGGGGAAGCGCCAACUUCGAGAGAUGUAAAUUUUCACCGAAGGAGAUCAUCGAGGACUUCAGAGAGGAGGAACAUGAGCAUGAAGAAAACAAAGUUUCUCACCUGUAGUCGUGCAUCUUCGCCCUCAACAUCAUUUUCCAUUUCCUUCGUCUUCGCCUUCCUGCAGUACCUGUACCUCCUCAGCCCCGUAGGUGUGGUCGCGCAGAUCCACAUCCUCAGCCCGAAGUCCCUUCGCGACGAGUUUCACUCGACGCAGGCCACCGUGUAUAUGGCGUUCUCAAACGUUACGUUCUCAACUGUUACAUGGAUUUGCGAUGCAAAAACAGCAAUAGGGAAAGGGGCGAGCUUGCAAGUCUCGCGUCACAAAUUUGGCACAGAUUUAGACGCUGUCUAGCCCUUCGAGACUUUGUCAUGCGAAGCAGCUUGAUAGUCUGGCGGCUCAUGAUCAUUUUGCAUGAGAAUGAGAAAUCAUGUAACAGCUGAGAAUGUAACAGUUGAGAACCCCAUAGUGUACGGCACCACCGCCACCUUCGGCGCGCCCUACUUUGGCGCCCGCGUGAUCGGAAAGAUCCUGUACGGGGAAAGCAAAAACGGGAACAACCACUUAUCACCAGAGAAAAGUGUUACAGUUACACACUGUCUUUCAGGCCCAGCAUGACAGACAACCCCUGUCAUGCCAGAAAUGCUCACUUUUGAGCCUCGUUUCAUACGUGUUUCCCCUUAUGAUCUUUGCAUUGCAAGUUUCCUCUCUGAUGCGGAGAAAAUUUGUGUUGCUGAAUUGACAGUAAAUGUGUAGCUGUACUAACACUUUUUUUGUGGGAUACCACUGCGACGCGGACGACUACAGUAUCGAGGAGAGUCAGAUGCCGAACGAGGACAGCAAUCUGAUGCCGAUCGUUAUGGGAGUGUCAGGAUCGAAAUCGGCAAAAUCGAAAAACUUGUAAUGCAUAAAAUGUAGGGCACGUAAGGCCUGUGUUGGCAAGAAGGCAAAUGAGACCGAUUGCAAGCCUGUUUAGAGGAAGAAGACGCGUUGCCAGAGCAGCAUGACAGAAGCAGUCUUCUUUGCUCAAACAGCAUGACAGACUGGAUUUUGCAGCUCCCGAAAUUUGUCAUGCGCCACUCGAAAACUGAGGCUCCAACUGGUAUCGCUUUUAUGCAUCACAAAUUUUUCGAUUUUGUUGAUUUCGAUCCUGACGCAUCCAUAAUCGUCCUGGUGCAACGGGGCAAGUGCUCGUUCGCGAAGAAGGUGAAAGUAGCGGAAGUAUCAAAUGUAAAUAUGUCUGGGUCUGGAAGAAUGCAACUUGUCAUGCUAAAUCUGAAACAAGCAAGAAUCUGUGUUGCAUGAUAGAUUACCAAAAGUCGUCCAGUUUUGAACAAGUCGGGAGGGAGUUUCUCAUGCAGGAUAGGCAUGAGACAGCUCGCGCAGAAUCUGUCAUCCUAGGUCCUGCAUUCCAGACCUCAUGGGUCAUGGAAAAGCUGCAUGACAAAUCGCGCAUUCUUCCAGACCCAGACAUUUUUACAUUCGAUAGGAAGAGGCGAAGAAAGCAUCUGCCGUGAUUAUCAUCGACAAGGAAUCCAGCGGCAAAACGUCCGAGCAGAUUCAGGCAACCAUCAUGGCCGACGAUGAAUCGGGCACAGGGCAGAAUGUGAAGAUUCCCUCGAUCUUGAUCAGUUACUUUGAGGGCAACAAGUUGAUAAACGCAGUGAGGAAAGCAGAGGAGGAAAAUAUCGCAAGAAAAAACUGUUUCACUGUGAACUUGUGAUGCAGAAAAUGGAUCGCAGAAGUGUGUGUCAUGCUACACAUGCAAGACAAUGGAUUUCUGGCUGUGUUUUCCCUUAGGAACCCCGCAUGACAGAUUUUCAGUGUCAUGCGUAACGUAACAAACUUGUGAUGCAGAUUUUGCAAAAUCAUAACAGUGAAACAGUUUUUUCGUGGGAUAGAAAACGAGGCGGUAUUAGUGAAGCUCGCCUGGUAUGAGCCUGUGUCAGAGUAUCGUACUAUCUAUGCAAAGUCUUCUUGUUGCCACAAAGGUCCACUCUAUCUCUAAAAAAUUUGUCUACGCGUAUGCAACUUCUACUUGGUGCUUGUAACACAGGAACAUCUACAUCAACAACAAGACUUCUGUUCUGAUACUAAUACGAUACUUUUGCAAAAAUGCAUACCUGGGACAUUCCGCAGUCUAACUACGUGCUGGCAGAUUUCUGGUUUUCCUCCGGCAGCAGAGAAGCGAACCGAUUUUUGAAGAACUUCGCGGAGCUCGCUGAGUUAUCCUUGGGAUAAGUGUUUAAACGUAGCACUAUGAGUAGCAUCCUCUUCCUCGGUACUGUUCUUGCAGCGAUAAUAGUGUGCAUGAUAAAACGUCUCAGGCGAAGCAUUAUACCGUGCAAUAACGGAGGUAUUCCAGCGAAGAUGUAGAGGCUCAUUCGCAGGAGGAUGCUACUUAUCAAAUGCAAAAAUGUCUGGGUCUGGAACAAAGCAACUUGUCAUGCUAAAUCUGAAUCAUGUAAAAACUUGCGUUGCAUGAUUACCAAAAGCUGUCCACUUUUAACCUAAUGAUUAGGUCAAAAGUCUAGAGGCAGUCUCUCAUGCAGGAUAGGCAUGAUAGAACUCUCAGUCUCACAGAAUCUGUCAUGCUAUGUCCUACAUACCAGAGGACCUCAUGGGUCAUGAAAAACCUGCAUGACAAGUCUGGCACUCUUCCAGACCCAGACACUUUUACAUUUGACGCUACUUGCUGUACUUGCGUUUGCACCGAAUAACUUUCUUUCAAGGAGUUGCUCAGCUUCGUUCCGCAUUACCACAUCAUCAGCUUGCCGGCGGUAAUGAGUAUCAGAGUGCUUCAUCGAAGUAGAAGUACAGUGGGAGGAUUUUUGUUGUGAUUCUUCCGGGUGAAAACCUCUUUUUUUCAUUCCUUCAUCAAGCAGAAGCAAGCAGAACCACUCGUGAUAUUGGAUUUAUACCUCUAUGAGAAAUUGAAAUUCAAAUUCUAUGGCUAUCUUAUGAAAAUGAAACAGGAAUCGGAUACCAUGUCGCUCUGCCUCGAGACAGAAGACGAGGCGGACAAGAACAAGUUUUGCGCCGCAGAUCCAGACGGAGCGGGGUAUCGCAGAAAAAAUGAAAACUCGUCCUUGUGCGUCUUUUCCGCGCAUGGAUAUAAACGAAAAUCAUGUUGUUGACCCUGCUUUCUAUACAGAAUCAAACUCAAAUUUAGCCUUUGUUCCAUUCAUAGUGUCGGUGGCAUGGCAGCAAGAACAACUACAUGGAGUCUUCAGUUUUCUUUGCGAUACGGGGACCGCAACGGGCAGGCAGGUUGUCGAGGAAGAUGUAUGGGAUGAGAGCUGCGCUGGUUUAGGACGUCAGUUUCUGAUGUAAGUACUUGAGUAAAACUAAAUCGAGCCUGUCACAAUCUCGACGACGCAAGAUGACACGUCAAUUUUCCGAUGUAUGACUGUGUGUAAAUUCAAGCUUUCAACAAGUUUCAGUUUCUACGAAGAAACCAAGCGCCUCUCAACAUCACCCAGCCGAGUAGAAACGGGCUGCAUCUCAACAUCACUACACGGCGCCUGCCAAGUGCCCACCGUCUCAAAACAUGCACCGAUACGCCUCUCCUGCGGGGGUUCGAGUUCUUACUCCGCACUUUUCAUUCAUAUCGGACAUGGUGGCUAAUUUUGGUUGUUACACUUUGGAACCCCCGUGCCCCCCUUGAACCUUCUACAAAAAAACAAAGGCCGAGGCGGAUAUUCUUCUCGAGCCAGCAGAAAGACGAGGGAGCGCGGGAAAGUGUAAAAGCCCUAGCGCGGUUUGCUCCGUAAUAUUUACACACAGCGCCAGAGAUGAAUGACGGAGACUACAAAUGCCGCCCAGCGCCAGCCCCGGCCUCUGCCUGACAAAUCGUAACAAGUUAGCCACUGAUUCUUGGCGUUUGCAAAUAGCGUGUCCGACGUCGUGGCCGGAAGGUAUAAAUGUUUUACCGGCUCCACCACCCCCCCUGGUUGACAAUCACACUCAGAGCAGCGCCGUCUUGGGGUUACCUCGCACAUCAAAAGCUGCGAAACGAAUGGUUCCAAGCAGCCUAAAUUGGCCAAGAUGAAAAGGGGUCCGAAGAACUUCGCAUCGGUUUUGCCUCUGUUUCCAAUCGGGAUGGAAGUGAUUUAGUAACAUGAUACUCCAUGAAAAAAUUUCACGGAGAAUUAAAGAGAAUUAUGGCCUCCUCUGGUGUUGCAUACAUUCUGAUCUGGUGUUACAAAUUCAAUGCGGAUCAUCCUCGGCGUACGACCGGAGUGCGCUUCCUGACCUUCUUUUAACGCUUGCGAAGUCUAGAAUGCUAUCGUGGUGCCGCCGCAAGAGGGUUCAGAGGGUUUUAGGGUUCUCUAUGGUUGAUUCCAUGUGUGCGUGUAUGCACCAAAUGCCUAUGCAUUUGUUUCGCGGUGAGGUAAUAAAAAGUUGUAAGAGCAGUUCUUCAGAAAUAAUCCCAAUCGUAUUCGUAAGCGUAACCUUUGAGGAGGCCAUAGAAGUUCAUAAGGCUCUGAAAAUGGAUAACAACGUAAAAAUAGCAAUAGAGUUUCAGUUUCUACGAAGAAACCAAGCGCCUCUCGACAUUCCAUACCUUCUGCGACAGAUUUGUCUCUUCAAAAACUCCGAAAAGUGGACCAAUCCCGAGGUAUGUUUCUACUGAAAGAAUAUGUCGAGAGGAAUUUGUUAUGCAAAAUGAACAUGAUGAUGAUGAACAUGAAUUGGACACACUGCUAUGAUGUUUAAUCAGCAUGACAAAAUUUAGAAGCAUAAAAGAAAAUCACCGCAUCCGCAGGUCAAGCAGUCCGGCGAGCUGUUCGGAUAUUCCGAAGCGUUCUGGAAGUACUUGCGAGCAUAUGACAGUCGUGCACUUUGCUCCCUCACCCUCACUCAGAAUGCUGGAGAUCACAUAAGUACAUACAUACAAGAUAUUAGCUGCAGAAAUGUAUUAGUUUUUGGUUCUGCAGUCGCAAAUGGAAAUGCAUAUCAACGUACGGACCAUAGUGCAACGUCUAAUUUGAUGGGGUGUUGCUGCGAGUUGUCAUGCGACGAGCGAGUUAUAGUGCUAGCAGCUAAUAGUAAUAUCGGAUAUUGAAAAUGCACAUGCGUUUUAUAUUUCGUAUCUGUGAAGAUCUACUGACAAUGACAAAUGAGGGCGACGAGGGGUAGUAAGUUGUGCACCGGCAUACGGCUAUCCUGUGCAAAAGUAUCGUACUCGUAUUGCAGUCCUGCAUUACAAAUCUUUUUGUUAAGGCAAAUCAGCAUUACAAAUUUUACUUCUCAUGCUGAGGAAAUUUGUAAUGCAUUUAUACGAGUACGAUACUUUUGCAAUGCAUAACGGCGUUCUGGAAGCAAUGCACCGAUUCCGGUCGGGACUUUUAUCAAAUGCAAAAAUGUCUGGGUCUGGAAGGAUGUAACCUGUGAUGCGCAUUUCGGAACACACAAAAAUCUCUCAUGCAGAGGUAGCAAAAGCUGCUCACUUUCUGUCAGCAAAUUGGGGGAUUUCUCAUGCGGGUUCGACAUUGCGGAAGCUUCUCGAAACCUGUGAUGCUGGAGCUUCCAUGCCAGACCUUCUGCGUCAUGCAGAAACAGCAUGACUCUUCCAGACCCAGACAUUUUUACACUUGAUAACUUUACAAAGUUCACGAAAAAAUGCAGCUACGAAGUGAUGGAGCAGAUAAACGGAAGUUUGUCAGUAUGCAUUGCAAAUAAACUAUCGCACUAGUAGAAAAAACAGCAUUACAAAUUGAAAUUUACCCAGCAUCAGAAAUGGAAUUUGUCACGGAUUUGACUUGAAAAAGAAAUUUGUGAUGCAUAACAGCGAUUAGUACGAGUGCGACAGUUUUGCAUUUGAUAGCCAGCCAAAAACAAAAUCGACAUCGACAACAUCAAGCAGUGCACGAAAAAGGACUGUUAUGCAAGAAAAAAGCUGUAUAAGUGUAACUCUGUAAUGCAGAACUUGCAAGAGAGAGAGAGUUAAGUACACCUGUCGUGCCAGACAACCAUGGAGGCCUCUUUCCAUGUGUGUUUUCCCUUACAAGCGGCCACGCAUGAGAGGUUUUCUCAUCUGUGGUCAUGCAGAGCAAAUCUGUGAUGCUGUCACCACCACCAGCCAAAGAAAGUUUCACUAACACAGUUUUUUUCUUGGAGAACUGGAAAAGCCUGCUGAAAAAGGAGAUUCGCAACCACGCCUGGUCCCCGCUGGCCCUGCGGAUUAACGGCUGGAGGUACUCCGGGUAUGCACUGCAACAAAACUUUGUGCUGUCUCUCGUACCACUUGCAUUACAACAAAAAAUUGCAUAUACAAGUUUGCUUAGCCCGAACAAUGACGUUUGUAAUGCUGAUUAGCGUACACAGAUAUGAUGUCAUGCAGUAUUGCAAUCAGUACGAGUUGUAGUUCGAUACGUUUGCAGUGCAUACUGGGCCGAUCGAGUCAAAUCUGGUGAUGCGUAGCAUUUGCGGCGGGUACCUGAAGCGGCCAGAGCUUAUCGAAAUGAGGGUGAAUAGCUAGCAGAAAACCUGUACUUGACUGUAACCUGAGGAUGUUUGUUAACUGAGGGCGUUUGCCUUGAAGAAAGAAAAAUUAUGUGGAUCCGCAAAAUUGUAUUUCCACACCAGCACGAGCCAGACGGUGGUAAGUGAGUACUCAGCCGGAUCUUGUUCAGCAAUGCGCAGAGAUUGGUGAAUAAAGUCUCAAAUCGCUUUUCGUUGCUAGCUGUUUUCUUCAGGGGGACAUAGCAGUGCGAAAGAUUCGCACAGCUCGUGGCGUACACCGGAACUGUAUGCAUUGCAAAUACUUCUGGGUCUGGAAGACUCCUAGUUCGUGAUGCUUGUCUCACAUGACUCUUGAAUCUUGUGAUGCAGGAGUGGGAAAAAAAGAAAAACUUUUGCCUUUGCCUGUCAUGCAAAAGCGCAGUUUGCCACCCGGUCCCGGAACGCGCAACACAUCGUAGCUCCAAAACUUGUCAUGCUUGGCUGCGUAUUGCAGUGCGCCCGUGAUCACUGCCAGACUUGCAUCACAGGUUUCCAGACAUCAAGGGAUAUUUGCAUUCGAUAAACCGGGGCGAGUGACAACCUGAUGACCUUCACCAAGUUUUUUGUCCUGCUCGGGAUCGUUAUGACAGUGCACAACUCCCCCUCCCCCUCAUUUGUCAUGCAAAACCCAGAAUCCAGCCACUGCCUUAUGGCACUGUUUCCAUGACAAGUUCUGGUAGCCCAAAUGGCACUACACUCCAGUGCACAUUUUUCAUGCAAAACCGGCGUUCUUGCUGAUGCUUGUAUUGCCGUUCAUGCUAUACAAAUGAAGGGGACGGGGAGUUGUGCAAUGUCAUAAUUGUGCUCAUCUUCUUUUUCAUCCUGUUUAUCACAUAGAAAAUAAAAGCAGGCGGGGGAGGGGCAUAUUUGUAUUGCAAAAACAACAAUAUACAAACACAGAUCAAUGAUGUGUUACACAUCACAGAAAUUAUAAUUCGUAUGCUACGCAGCAUGCGCCCAUGACAGAUUUAUCUCUGAAUUGUUUUUCGCAUUACAAAUACGCCCUGGUGCCUGUUUUUUUCUCCAUGAUACUGCUUCACGUCUACAAGAAGUACCUGACAUCAUCCGUGCGGCACGCACUGCGAGAGGAGGUCAUGCUCGAGGUUCGGUCGCAAAUAUCCGAUGUGAAAUCAUUUCACUACAGAACAAAAGCAAGUACGUGCAUCAACUGCUGAUCGUGUUUUGUCAAGUUUGUAUACACCGCGUUGUCACAGGAACUAGAGGAUUCUCGUCGGUUUGGUAUUUGUGGUGUCUCCAGUGCAGAUGAAGUAGUGCGCAAAAGACUUGUUGUUCCGUUUUGAAAUGAAGUUUCCACGGGAUACAGUAUGGCGGACUACGCGCCGCUCGAAGAUGGGCCGACGCAGGUGCGAGAAAUGAAAAAGUUCUCCUUCUGAGGCGACGAAUGAGGAACGGAGGAGGACGACGAAUGAUUCUGCCAUUGUUACUUACCCAGCAGUGCUGCUCUGGCAGCCACACUCGAUGCUGCACAUGAAGCUGCGAAUAGCAAAUGAAGAAUGAACAGCAAGCAAUUUCAUGACCACGAAAGGCGGCAUUAUAAUGAUACUAGUUGUUUGAUAGUGCAGGCUCGAUUUCUGUUUGAUGCGAAUAAACAAAGAAAAACGAACGCGCCACAAGUGACCACAUCAUUCCGACUCCGAC